UAUUCAAAAUUCCUCAUAUAGCAUAUAACUCAAAAUAACACUACGAAUUAUUUAUAUCUUAAUUUUUCAUUAGAGUUGACCACAAAAACUUAUUAAAAUAGUGAGUGUUUUCAAAUAUCCGAUGAUGUAAACAGAGGGUAAAUGGCUGACAGUGUUUCAAGACGCCGCCAUUUUAUCAAAGUCUCCUUGUAUAUGCCUCUUAUCGACGCCUACAUUCUCUGCAGCAACUUAAGGCCCUCGCACAAGCAAGAUGGACUUUGAGGAGCAGCGGCGCCUGUUUGCCAUCACCAUCAACAGCAGUGGAGCACAGCAGCAGCCAGCACAGCACCACGCCGUAGCGAUGGCACCACAGCACACCCCAGGCGACACACACACGCACACGCACACACAGCAGCACCACGGGAGACUCCUGAUGCAGACCCACAUGGAGGCACCCCUUGCUGCGGCACAGCUCUCCGUGCACCACCACAGCCUGCCACAGCACCACCUCCAGCUGGCUGUGGGCACGGCAGCCAUGGUGGACGGCACUGUGGCUGCUGACCCUGGCACCUCCACCGCCACCGUCGUCGACAAGACCGUGGUGGUGACGGAGGCCAGCGAGGCGCCCCCAGACCACACAGCAGACACGGUGACCCAAGAUGUGACCUGCCAGCGCUGGUGUCUGGUGUGUGACCGAGGCCUGCCUGGCGCUGCGGAGGAGAGGAAGGACCCCCCCAUCAGCCUACACCGUGCCACCAUGACUAUAAGCCAAAGAAAACUAAGUGCCAUGCUGAGUCGCCUGGUGGGUCUGGCAGCACAGCGCGCCCACAGUGACGUGCUGUGUGGCCGCUGCUUUGGGCUGGUGGAGAAGGUGGAUGGCCUGGAGAUCGAACUAGCGGACACCAAGAUGGAGUUGAUGCAGCAUUACGAGAGCACGGUGGCACACAGGCAGCCCACAGCCGCUCGGAGGGGCAUCGAGAGGCCAUCGCUGGAGGUGGACGUGGAGUGGGAAGAAUCCAACGACUCAGAGCCAUUAGCCGACGACCUGGAUAACGACCCAGACUGCCUAGCUAACGGGGCAGUGGGUCGGCGCAGGAAGGGGGGGGGCACUAAGAAGGUUAAGAGGAAAGGAGGAAGGCCGAGAAAAGUGAGGCUGAGUGCUAAGGUGAAGCAGAUGGAAGGAGAGGGAGAGGGAGAGGGAGAGGGAGAGGGGCAGCCUAGGAAGAGAGGAAGAGGAAGACCAAGGAAGAAAGACAAAGAGGAGGAUGAAAUGAUUCCCCCUGGGGCACCCACCAAGGACUGCCCCUCUUGUAGAAAGGUGGUGCAUGCCAAGAAGUACCUGACUCACCUGUCCACACACCGCCUGUUCCCCUGCCCCUUCUGUGACGCCGUGUUCAAGAGGAAGGACAUCAAGACCCACCUGGCGGAGGCCCACCAGGAGGAGAUCCACUACCCGUGCACAGAGUGUGAUGAGGUGUUUGACACGUUCAUGCAGCUGCGCACGCACUGCCUGGUGGUGCACAUGGGGGUGGAGCGGGAGGAGUACGCCUGCAAGACCUGCGGCCGCAAGUUCUCGUCGCUGACGGGCCUCAAGGUGCACGUGGAGACCAUCCACGAGAAGACCCAGGUGCAUCAGUGUCCGGAGUGCAAGGAGCCCUUCAACCAGAAGGGCAACAUGCAGAACCACUACCGGCGGGUGCACCAGGGCCAGGAGGCGCGCAAGCUGCUGUGCCACAUCUGCACCAAGGGCUUCAUCUGCCCCAGCGACCUGCGCAAGCACAUCGAGCGCGUGCACCUCAAGAUCCGCAAGAACGAGGUGAUGUGCGAGGUGUGCGGCAAGCCCUUCUCCGACUCCCGCGCCAUGCGCAUCCACAUCAACGCCGUGCACACGCGGGAGGUGCAGCACCCCUGCCCCGAGUGCAAGAUGGUGUUCCACUCCCUCACCAACAUGGUGACGCACCGCCGCAGGAUGCACGGCGGGCCGGAGGGGCGGCGCAACGUGUGCGAGGUGUGCGGCAAGGGCUUCUGCUCCCCCAGCGACCUCAAGACGCACGUGCGGGUGGUGCACGACAACAUCAGGAAGUACGUGUGCGACAUCUGCGGCCAGGCCUUCAAGGUGUGCUCCCACCUCAAGUACCACCGCCGCAAGCACACCGGCGAGGCGCCCUACGAGUGCCCCCACUGCGGCAAGUGCUUCCACGGCCCCAGCCACAUCUCAGACCACGUCAAGAAGGUGCACAAGACUGUGUACAUCGGCACCAACCAGCGCCGGAAGCUCAACCUGCCGGACUCCGCGCCGCCGCCACCCCCGGGCAUGCUGCCGGCGCGCGACACCAAGGCCAAGCUGAAGCCUGCCUCACCGCCCCUGGCCAUGCCCCACACCACCUACUCCCAGCCCAUGCCCUGCUCUCUGCCCACCCCCGGCGUCACCACCUUCACCCCCGCCCACCACACACCCAACAUGCUGCCCCCGCCCCCCCCAGCCCAGCCCAACCCCCCCAUGCUGCACCCUCAGGGCAUCAUGGACCACCACAAUGCAUACACCAACUUCCAGUUCCAGGUGCAGGAGCAGACCCCCACCCAGCAGUCCCCCGUCCCCAUGGUGGUUCGCCUGCUGCAUGACCUCCAGUACCAGUAGCCCCACUAACACCCCAGUAAGCCCCCAGACGUCCCACACAGCCUGCAUGAGUCCCCAGUAAUUACUUACACCACAAAUUGUUCAUUGUAGCCCAGUAUUCACUAGUACAGUCAGGUUGGACCCAAGUAACCAGUUUUUACCACAGUUUAGACCUCAGACACUAUCCUUGUCCCAGUUAAAUCCCAGACAGCUCUUUUUAUUCCCCAGUGACCAGUAGAACAGCCAGUUUAAACCCAAUAACCAGUUUCUCCACCAGUUUAGAUCCCAGACAGUCUUCUAGCUUCCCUCACUUCUUUUUAUUCCCCAGUAACCAGUAAUACAAUCAGUUUAUACUCAGUAAUCAGUUUAAGCCAACAGACAAUCUAUUCUAGCUCCCAGUUACCAGUUUCUUCCCAGUUAUACCUUCAAGCAUUUAAUUUUCUACCCCAGUAUCCAGUCUCACCCCCACACGGACCCCCAUUAAGCCCUAAUAACAUAGUAUGCCAUCCUGGUUUCCGUUUUCUUUCCUUUUUCUGUCUUGACAAUAUUUAGUUCCAGUUAUUCGUUCUCAAUCUUGUCCUAAUUAUUUCACUGUUUCCUUAUUGUUAUUGUUAUUCCUUGUGUUUAUUUUUUGUCAUCUUUCCUUAUUCAGUUUUCUCAUUUCCUUUAUUUAUUUAUUUGUUUUAUUUUCUUUUUUUUUUGUCAUUACUUUCCACGGUUUUCCUGCUUUAUCACCCAUUUUCUAACAUCUAUCAUCAUUUCACCUUUAUUUUCUUCUAUUUAUACAUUUCCUUUAUUAUUUUUUGUUCGUUUUGUCAACUUUUAUAUUUGUUUUAUAUUUAUCCUCCCCUGUAUAUUUUCCUAUAUUCAUUUUUAUCUUUUCAUCUUUUUUAUAUGCUUUCCCUUAUUAUUUUCCAGUUAUCUUAUUUUUAUUCUAUCUUUAUCCUCUAUUUAUUAUUUUCCUUUAGAUUCCAUUUUUUUAUCAUUAUCUAUCGUUAUUUUACCAUUUAUUCAUUUUUUCUAUAUCCUAUCAUUUUUUUUUUUUAUCAAAUAUCGUUAUUUUAUCUUUUAUUCAUUUUUUUUUUUUAUUUCGUAUCAUCUUUUCUUCAUAAGUCGUAUUCCGUUUUAAUCUCCACCUCUCCUUUCCUAUCCAUUUAUCAUCAAGUACUUCCUUUUCCCCAAUCAUUCCAAAUUUAUAUUACGAAAACAGGAAGAAUAUAAAAUGAAAGCCACACACAAAAGUUAGAUCAAAUGCAUAUUAUUAGUAUUAUUUAUUUAUUUAUUUAUUUAUUUUUAUUUUUUUUGCCAUUAAGUAUGUAAAAAUUUAAUGUAUAUUUUAUGUAUUCAUGUAUUUCUUUUAUUUAAUUGUUUAUUUAUUUCAUGGAGUCCUUGUUUGGAAUUUUGUUAACGGCGUCACAAAUUAAUGUAUACGGUUAUAAUUUUUAUUGGUGUUAUAUAUUUUUAUUUUUUAUUUAUUUAUUUUUUUCUUUUAUCUGUGUGAUUACUGUUAUUCAAUUUGUAUCUCAGGCAUUAAAACUCUACUUUUAUCAUAUAUUUAAAAUACUUAGUAAGUCAAUCGCUGUUAUUGUUAUUUUUUUAAGGAUGACAAAUUAAUGUCCGUGUUUAUUAUUAUUAUUAUUAUUAUUAUUAUUAUUAUUAUUAUUAUUAUUAUUAUUAUUAUUAUUAUUUCUGUAUUUAUAUCAAUCUCAGGCAUCAGUUUUGUCAUAUUUAAAAGACUAAUAUAAGGUAGCGGAUGAGAGCUCUUUUUUUUUUUUUUUUCGUUAUUUUUGUGGAGAAUUGCAAUUUUUAUAACUUUAGGGUGUUGUAGCGGCAAGGAACACGAUGACUGAAACUUCAAGUGCAUAAUUCAGCUUAACUUAAUUGUAUAUAGUUAUUUUUUAGGGAAUAUUGGUAGAAAAAAUAGAAAUUGAAAUAUAUUUUUUGAAAGCGCCUAAUCUUACAAGGACGAGAGAGAGAGAGAGAGAGAGAGAGAGAGAGAGAGAGAGAGAGAGCAACAUACUAGGAAUAAAUGGAAAAUAACUUUUAUAUAAAACUUUUUUGUAUU